AUGGGGAACCCCAAAAAGCAUACCACAACUCAGGGGGCUUCAGGCAAAACCCCUGCAGCAAAAUUGAGCACACUUACCCAAUAUUUUCAAGACGCAGUGGACAGCGAGAAGGAGGCCGUGGGUUCCAAGAUUGCGGUCGACUCAGCACCAUCCAGCCCAGUGCCAUCAGAAGGCUCAUGCAGAACACAAGCAGCAACACAUGAUCCCGAAAUUCGGAACCUGCUGAGGAACUUACCAUCUAAAGCAGACCUGGCAAAUAUGACUGAAAAACUAGAAGCAUCCUUUCAGUCUAAAAUGGAUGUGGUGGGUGUGGACAUAAAGCAAGUAAGUCUUAAAGUGACAGACCUAGAAGAGGAAAAAUAUGUGAUGCAGGCCCAAAUCACGAACAAUUCCACCACACUAUCCCAGAUAGAAGCCAGACAAAUAACUUGA